AUGUCCAUCCCGCCGCAGCUCAUCCGCGUGAAGCGCAAGCGGGUUGACGAAGCCCCCGUCCAAUUCCUCCAGUUUGAUGCCGACUCGAAACGUCACCGAAGUGGAAGCAAUUGGGCGUAUCAGCGCCGCGAAGCAGCCAGUCAACAACCCCAACGAGAGAGCAAAUCCACCCAACCUGUCAUCCAUGUCUCGGCACCAGACGACGUCCCGAGUUCAAACAAACGUCAACAUGAUACGCAAAUACCUACUAAGCAAACGCAGCCUAGCAGCGAGCCGUCAGGUCUUCUCGAGCCUCGACGGUUUCAUGUCUCAAAAUCCAUGCUGGCAAAAGGCAGAACCCAAGGUUCGGGCUCUGGAAUCUCCAAAAAGACGAGAUAUGGCCCUGCAGUGUUCGUAGAGUCCACGCGAAAGAAGAAGGUUCCGAAAACACGACGCAGUCUAGCGUCUGGACAGCUCCCGAUACAGCUUGAACAUGAUAUGCAGCCAACCGAACAGACUCCAGAAACUGGCGUAGAGCAGAAACAAUUGAAGCGGCCAGGGGUAGCUAAUAAAGCCCGCACUACGACUUCGCAGAAUGAGACGCCAGAUCGGCCACCUCUACCGGAAUCCCUCAUGAACCGUCAUAAUGAGGACAUGGAAAAAAUAGCAAAUGAUAUGAAUGCAUGGGUGCUCAAUGAGCUUGGCGCGAGCCUUGAACAAAUAGACAAGGACAAUAAGCCGCUGAGAUUCAAGCCAAAGAGCCCAGCCAAGAGGUUCCAUGAGCGACACCCAGAGCUUGCGCCCCCUCAAAGCUCAGCCACCUCUACCGACACCACAAUGAGUGACAUUAGCGAUGAGGAAGGCGAUGACAGCGAUUGGGUCAUUGAGGAAUACGUCCGUAUUCCAGCGAACUCUGUGGCAUUGGACGUAGCACCGGCAGAUGUUGGUAUUCUAGUUUUCGAGGACGAGGACGAAAGCCUGCUCUUCUUUGGAUCAGCAUGGGAUGAGGACGAUGAGCUUGGGGAAGACGAAGAAGAUGAGAACGCGGAAAACUAUUACACUGCAGACUAUCCCGAGGAUGAAGUAGACUCUGACGACGAAUAUGGUCGAGACGCCUACCUGUAUCGCCACGGCAAUAACUCAGACGAGGAAGAGUACGAUAACGAGUACUACGAAGAACAGGACGAAAUGGUCCUCGAGGGCGGUAUCGGCGAUGACGACGACGCCCGUAUGGCACGCAUCAAAGAAUUCAUGAAGCGCAACUCCGCAUUCCGAUAA